AUGACAUUAUUAUCCCUACGGCCAUCUAAUUGUUGCCGAACAGUGGGGAAACGUACACAUACAUACCUGCUCCACAAUCGCCCAAGGGUUCUUCGCAUUAUUCUGCAAACACCUCUUCCAUAUUUUCUCCAGAUGGGUUUGUGGGAUUCUUUUCUCAAUUGGCUUCGCAGUUUGUUCUUUAAACAGGAAAUGGAACUUUCACUUGUGGGCCUUCAAGAUGCUGGAAAGACAUCUCUUGUGAAUUCCAUUGCAACAGGCGGCUACAGUGAGGACAUGAUUCCAACUGUGGGAUUUAACAUGCGAAAAGUUACAAAAGGAAACGUGACAAUAAAGCUUUGGGAUCUUGGAGGGCAACGGAGGUUUCGGUCCAUGUGGGAAAGAUAUUGUCGAGGAGUUACUGCUAUUUUGUAUGUGGUGGAUGCUGCUGACAGGGAUAGCAUUCCGAUAACAAGAACGGAAUUACACGACCUCUUGACAAAGCCGUCUUUAAAUGGGAUUCCUUUGCUUGUUUUAGGAAACAAGAUUGAUAAGUCACAAGCGUUAACUAAACAAGCAUUGGUGGAUCAAUUAGGUCUUGACACAAUUAAAGAUAGAGAAUUGUGCUGCUACAUGAUUUCAUGCAAGGAAUCAAUAAACAUAGAUAUGGUGAUGGAUUGGCUUAUCAAACACUCAAAAACAGCAACAUGACCAAUUGGUUCAACAUCUUUCAGACUUGUUUGUUUAUGUCCACUUAAAACGGGAUUUACACGACUGUUUUUAUUAAUGUCGGCAUGUCGUUUAAAUCUUUUGAUUAUUAGCCUAUCUUUGAGUAGUGUACAUGGUUUAUGAAUUGUAUAUUCGAAGAUUAUUGACUCC